AUGAGGGGAGAAGAGUAUUUAGGUUACACAAGAACCAAGGAUGGCAAAGUAUUCCACAAUAAAAUGAGACAGCCGAAGACUAUGGGACCUUCUUGUACUUCAUCGAAGUGUGUUAAAUACAAAACCAGGUUCUGCAAUACUAUAAACAUGGAGACAAGAAAAGUAAUUUUUAACAAAUUUUGGAAAGAAUUAGAAUGGGACCAGAAAAAAAUCUAUGUAACAAGUUUAAUGAAAAAGAAGAGUACUGCUAGAAAAUUUGUAGCAGGGAAAUCAAGAAGGUCAUUUACUUAUGAAUAUUUUUUGAGGGUUGAAAAUGAAGUUAAGCAGCCCAAAAAAGAAGACCAGUGUAAUAUUUGCGUGUCUUAUAGUGCUGGCAAUGUGACUGAUGAAGAGUAUACAAGACAUAUUGAGUUAAAAGAUGCAGCUCGAUUGGUAAAAAGUGAAGAUAAGAGAAAAGCAGAGAUAGGUGACCAAUAUACUUUUGUUAUGGAUGUACAAGCAGUUAAACUAUGUCCAGUUAAUAAUGAAAACAAGUUCUACUUUAAAACGAGACUUAAGUUGCAUAAUUUUACCAUUUAUAACUUGGCCAGUCACCAAUGUACAAACUAUUGGUGGAACGAAUCAGAAGCAGAUCUUGUCUCAUCUGUUUUUACCACUAUUAUAAUAAACCAUUUAGAAAAAUAUUGUACUGAAGAUAAACCCACUGUUUUAUGGAGUGACGGUUGCCCUUACCAAAAUCGCAAUGUGGUUUUGGCUAAACUAUGCUAAGACAUUUUUCCAUUUAAAGCUAAGCCAAGCUGCAAAACAAGUAAGAAAAAUACAACUGAUAUUGAUAAAGACGUCAUAAACGACGAAAUUGAAGAAGAAGAAGAAGAAGAAGAAGAAGAAGAAGAAGAAGCAGAAGAAAAGUACGAUGGUAUCAUUGAAAAUAGAGACAAAGAACUGCGAAGCAGAUCAGGACGAUUAUUAAAAAAGCCGAAUUGGUUAAGUUAUUUGGUGACAUAUAAAGACGAUGAAGAUCCACAGGUAAUGAUUUGGAAAAGGGGAGAAGAAAAUUAA